UUUUCCAACACUACCCUCUUGGUGUUUUUUUUUUUGACAUUUAUUUAUUUUGGCGUAAGAUUUAAAAAGACAAGCCAGUAAUCCUCCCCUGCAAUGCCAGCCAAGAUAAGAGUGCUGGACUUUGGCGAUGGCUCGGCGCCCAUCCAGCUGGACUAUCCGGAUUCGAAGAUCUUCAGCAACUGCAGCAGCUACGAAGAUCGUGUUCCGGGCAGCCACUGGAGCGAGAUCACUGUGCACCAUCGCAAUAACCUGAACUUCGCGGCGGAUCAAAUGCAGAUGAUUAUGGAUGGCCUGUACCAGGCGGUGGACAAGGCGGACUUCUUUCCAGUCUGCUACCAGGCUGGUUCCCGUGCGGAUAGCAUGCUGGUGAGGAACUGCAAGGAUGCCAUCGACAAUCUCUUCAAUCAGCGACUGACCAUCAGCGUGAACCGCAUCCCCAUACCCAUCAGCGUCCAGCUGGGCGUGGCAAAGUACCGAACGAACCAGAUAUCCCCGAUGCUCCGCAUCUCCUGUGUGAUCGACAGGCUGAUGAAAAGCCUGGUCCAAAGAGAUGGCGUGGACAAUCUUCUGGAUCUGAGCAAUUUCAGCGCCCAUCCGGAGUUCAAGAACAUCGUGGUGAGCCUGGGGAAUCCCAGUUGCCUGAUGCACGUCUGCAAGGUGAUGCACAACAACGAUUUAGUACGAUUCCGGGUGAACGGAUUCAUUUUGUCCAAUAACAACAUACGGAGCAUACGCCCGCUGACGCUGUUCGCCAAUGUGGACUACGCCCUGCUUGAUUUAAGGGGCAACCAGAUCAGGUCAGCCGAUCGUUUGUGUCGCGAUCUGGAACAAUUCCGGGCCAGGGAACUUCUCCUGGACAAUAAUCCCAUUUGCAAGAGUGAGGACUUUCCGAAUAACAUUAAACCGUUGAGGGGUAACUUCAAUUUGGUGGAUGGAAAAUCCUUUAACCUGCUGCGCAAGCGCUUUUCGCCGCUGGAAGGGGAGAUCGAUUUGGAGGUCGAUGGAGCGCGGAUCGAUGCCAAUACCAAGUGGAACUUGCAGGGGUUUGCAAAUAGCCCGGAUUGGCAUGCCUUUAUGAUACCCGAUCCCCAACACGAAUUCGAGAAGGAGGUGCUUUUCGAUUUUUUCUUCAUCAAAUUGGAUCCCUCUCUCACCGAGUUUUAUCCCUGCUACUACAAGUACAUUAAAACGGACCACGUUUUUCUCGUCCGCAACUGCUUCGAUCAGAUUGAACACCUGGUGAACAAGUGCAAUCUGGAGUUGGAUUUACCGACGGAUCGGAUCUUUCGCUACCAUCUGCGAAUGAAUGUCAGCACGUACAAGCAACAUCAUCUCGAUCCGGAGAAGUGCAUUCAGAAGGCAGUCUCGCUGUGCUUUGUGCCCCAGAACAGGCUGCUCAACCUGGAACGCUUUCAGUUCAACGAGAGCCUGCAGGACGUGGUGGUGUCCCUGAGCUCGGCGAAGAUUUUGAGCUACGUUCUGUCGGUGGCAUCGCGGCAAUUCAUGGCCACCUGCUCGGAGAUUCGAUUGUGCCGCAAUAAGAUCCUGCACGUGGACAAAGUGAAUGUCCUCACGCAAAUGGGCUGCCUUCGGGCCGUAGAUCUGAGCCACAACUGGCUGCUAAACCUGGAUUCGAUCAAGUUCUUGGGCAACCUGCCUCUCAAGUCUUUGGUGCUUCACGGCAACCAACUUUGCCGCAACUACAGCCUGCCCAGCGAGUAUGUCCAGGCGGUCAAGGAGGUCUUUCCGCAGCUGACCACCUUGGAUGGCGUGGACUUGCAGACGAAACCCGGUCAGUCGAUGCAGAAGAACUUCCUGUGCGACAUUGGUGCCUACGAGUUGGUGGGCCAGGUCUUCCUCAAAAACUAUCUGCAGGAAUUCGAGAGCGAUGAGUUGCGCGGUGACCUGGCCAAGUAUUACUCCAACGACUCGAUCUUCACCCUAACUUGCAACUACCACCUUGUUCAGAAUCACCAAACCCGCCUGAUUUUGCCACGCAUCGCUAAGUACAACAAGCACGGGCGAAAUCUUCACAACAAGGACUUCUCGAGGGCUUCGAAUAGCGUGUACAUUGGCACUGAUGAGAUCCUGGGCGUUCUGUUCCAGCUGCCAAGGGUCACACACGACUUUCACUCCCUGCAGACGGACGUAAUGCACUAUGAUGGUAAAAUGGCGGUUAUUUAUGUGACCGGUUUGCUGCGUGAUGAGCCGCCGGUCAUGAAGAUGACCCACGGCAACAGGCCGGAGAUUGGGGGUCUCCUUCUGGGAUUCAGCCGGCAGUUUGUAGUCAAGUUCGAGGAAGAUGGACUGGGCUUGGGUAAAAGAGCUCGCCGUCUGAAGAUUACAAAUGAGCGCCUACAUAUCACGAGUCCCUCGAAAAAUAUGAUUAGAAACGCCUUUAGUGUUCACUAUCCGGAUCCAAGUGAACGAACAGUGAAAGAGGACUGUCUGGAUGUCAAGGACCACAAACUGCUCCUGUUCCAAGAGGUAACUGGGCUCAUUUCCACCUGGUGCACAUCGAUUGUUGAGCAAGCCGACUGGGACUUUGAGCGAGCUUUAAAGUUGUUUGUCCAGAAAAAUGCAGACCAAGAGAUCCCUGAUUUUGCCUUUGCUUAGAAAAUAAUUUUAGGUACUUAGAAAUUGGAAUCUAUCUGUUAAUUAUAAUUGUAAACAG